AUUGUACAUACCCUUUAAAGUUUUCAACUGAAAUUUAGAACUUAUCAUAACAAACAACAUGUCUUUUAAGAAAAUUUUAUAAUGGGAUUUUUCGUCGGCUUAGUUAUUGUAUUUGUCUGCUUUACAGUUUCCGAUGGCAGUUCAAUCGACAACAACCCAGGAUCUGUCAGUAUACAUGAGAACUAUGAUGGGACACACAACAUGUGGAGCAUCUCGGCCACGUGCUAUGUACGAUACACUACCGCAUACACGUGUUACACCAGACGAUAUUAUAGCUGUGGUUACGAUAACCAGAAUACAUGCUCUUAUUCCGUGUCGAAAACGUGUUAUAGGCAUGAAUACACAAAUGUUGCGUGUAACCAGUUCCAAAUAAGUUCAGACUCUUCAGGAAACUUUCAGAUAAGUGGUAACACCGUUCAAAAGAAGACAUGUACAUCACCUAAUUGUGGUCCAACAUGCAACGCUGACGGAUGUCUUAAUAGUGGUGAAUCUCAUACUGUAGGUGUAACUGCCUCUAGAAGUGGAUACGAAACAGAUGGUGCCGUUUCUGGAUCGUUCACUGUCAACGUAUAUGCUGCCAAUCCGCCAACAUUUUACUACAGUUCGGGGUCGUCAAUUAGUGUAUCCCACGACACGGCUGGUAUAGGAACCGUUAUCAACACAUUGGUUCCGUCCUUUCUUGAUGACAAUAACGAUUAUGAUUACAUACGAUAUCGUCAGAACAGCGGACCGGGGAAUUCAUACAUACACGGGACAUACGAUCUCUUCUAUUUGGACACAUCUACUGGAGAGGUUAAAGUUGGGAAAGAUUUGAAUAUGGAAUUUUCUUACUAUUUCACUUUGAGCUUAUGUGUUUAUGACAGAAGGCACAGGGAAGUAUGCCAUAAUCUCAGCAUUACCUUAUGGGCGUGUUUUCAGACACCUACAUGCUAUGACCAAUCAGAUUACAAUAUAAUUGAUACAUAUGGAACACGCACUGGUCACGGUGGAAGCAGUGACACGAUUUUCAACAUGGACUAUCCACAACCAACGGAACAUUUCCGAGCAUUCAGUUCUGUAUGGCAUGUCCUUACGUGGACUUUUGAUUUGAACGAGCUCCCAGAGGCAGUCAUUAAUCCUGAUACAGGAGAAAUAUUCAUCACUAGAAAUAUCAGCAUAUGGCCAUCUUGGCCAACAAAAGAUUUCAACCAGGUGGUACGGGUGGCCAACUCAGAGUCCUGUUAUUCUACAACGUGCAGUUUUAAAGUUCGGAUUCACUUCACUAAUUGG